AUGACACGUCCAGCGUGUUCCAUCACCCGUCGGAUGUGUGACAUCAAGAAGCGCACCGUUCUAAUGGCCCUGGCAUUCUUGUUCACACUCAUUUUAGUUUACGUACGAUUUUAUGUUGAUGCAAGGCUCACCAUCACGUCUUACAUCAGCAACUUGAGACAGGAGCAUCGGAGAGCAGAUGCUAAUUCACCCUCUUAUUGGGACGCGUUGCUGGACUCGGACACGCUUACAGGUAACCAGAUCAUGGAAUACUUCCUGUGGAGCAAUCGACCAUCAUGCCAACUGGUACACGAUUUCGGCGGUACGUUGUACGCGAACCCGUCAGGCAUGGACGGCCAGAAAUCAGUGUGCAUCGAUCCUCAAGUGGCACCCAAACCAGACGAUUGUCUUGUUUACUCUUUCGGCAUCAAGAACGAAUGGUCUUUCGACGAACAAAUGUCACAUUACGGGUGUGAAGUGUUUGCUUUUGAUCCGUCCAUGGGCAAGGAGCCGCACGACCACAUGCCUGGUGAUGUCCAUUUCUACAACUGGGGGAUAGGAGAUCGAGACAAGCACGAGGUUGACUCCAACUGGAAGAUCAGGUCGCUUUCGUCCAUUUACGAGGAGCUAUCCGUCCGUCACGGCCGUAAGAUCAUCGACUAUUUGAAAAUGGAUAUCGAGGCUACCGAAUGGCAAGUCCUGCCCGAUAUCAUUCGUUCCGGCAUGUUGUCCAACAUCCGUCAAUUGGGCGUGGAAAUUCAUCUCGUCACGGACGCACCACUAGACAAGUAUCGUGAGUUGGCUAAACUGCUUAGGUCGAUGGAGAACAUGGGGAUGGUGCGCUUCGAUUCCGAAUACAAUCCGUGGUUUCUUGGCGAUUUCGUACACCUUCAACUGUGGAAACACACGCAAGGCUACGAAAUUGCGUGGUACAAUGGCAAUCUAUCGCGCCCUGCAACACCUGCGUUCGUUUUUUAAGAACCUUUUGUGUCAUUGUAAUGAGUA